AUGGAAUAAUCAUUAUUUAAGAAAUAGCUUCCAACAACAUUAAAGAAAACUUUGCAAUUCUUAAUUUUAUCAUUGGGAUUAUCUGUAUUUGUAUGUUUAUUGGAAGGGAUAAUAUUUACGAACUUUACAUCUGAAAUUAGUAUUAUAUAUUCAUAAUUAAGGUCAUGAAUGUGAUAUAAUACCAGCAACAAUUAUACAAACAAUUUCUUGUUAUUUAGCUUUAAUAACACUUUUGCUAUUUAUUAUUUCAAUAUUUAGAAUGUCUAAAUCUUACAUUCUGAUUGCUAUGGUUUUAAGCAUUCUUUUUAAAUUUAUAUCAUUUAUUAUGAUGAAAACAAUGGUAAAUUAGAUAUGGGGAGAGUGCUAUUUUUCAAGACUUUAAAUUACAAGCUUUUUCCUUAGUGAUGCAUUUUGGAUAAUACUUUUGUUAUUUUAUUAUAACACUCUUUCAAAUUUAUAUAAAAAAUUCCCUGAAAUCUUUUACUCAAGAUUAAACAUAAAUUUAGUAUGGUAAAGUUGA